AUGAGGAUAUAUCUCACGUGCUUGUGCUUCAUUUAUAUAACAGUGAAAGUAAGUGGUCAGCAACUUGACUGUCCAGCAGGAUGGAUGUCCAACAGAUAUGACCCACGAUGGCCAUGUUAUCUUAUCACCAACAAAAUACAACGGACAUGGUCUGAAGCACAGACAUUUUGUGAACAGAUGGGUGGCGGGCUGUGGAAGAUUAACACUGUUCAGGAAAAGAACGGUUACAAUUGUUUGCACGUAUAUCACGGAUAUUAUCCAUCACAUGUGGAAUGGUGGUUAGGUCUCCAUGACAAUCCGGGUCAAACUGGGGUCAUAUGGGUGGAUAAAUCUGUACCGAAUUCGCAAUUGCUACAACCAUGGGUAUCCGGGGAACCGUCACAUUACGACCGAUCAAAAGCGUGUGUACAGUAUUAUAACGGCUCAUUACGGCAUCAAGACUGCCAGCAGACGAAGUUCUUUAUUUGUGAACGUGCAAGAGGCAAUGCAGUGUUUUGUGAUGCUAGGAAGAAUUGGGAGAGCAUAAAUAACAAAUGUUACAAAGUUAUCACUAAACUUAGUACAUGGGAUGAUGCGCAGGGAGAAUGCAAAAAAGAGAAUGCCGAUUUGAUGAUAGUAGAUGGUCAAAGUACGGAAGUGAUGGUACAUAAUUUCAUUGAAUCUCGACGGGCUAAUAUGUGGUUUGGUCUAAGAGCAUUCAAAGCUAACGGAAGCUAUAGUUAUAGAUGGCAGAAUCCUAAUGGUCAGGUGUUAAACAGCGUCAACUCGUUCUGGUCAUCACAAUACCAGCUUACAUCAGCAGCUUUACAAACAGUAACCAGCACUAACGGAAGUUCUGCUUGUGUAAUCGCAAACCAUAGUCUACCUUCGCCGAAUUUCUGGGAGCCUGCUGACUGUGGAAAUAGAGCAUUUUCGCUUUGUCAGAAACCACAAGGCAGAUGCGCAUCUGGUUGGCUUUCAAAUGGAUAUAACUGUUAUCAAAUUGUCACGUGGUAUAGUACAUCUUGGUCACGUGCAAACUCGUUCUGUAAGAUACAGGGAGCCAGACUUAUCAGGAUAAAAUCCAAUUCAACACAGCAAUUUUUAAAUGGAAUGUUACCCAAUCUGAAGUCGAAAGGUGUUAACGCUAUCUGGAUAGGACUUAACGAUCAGAACCAUAAUUUUGGCAGCUGGAGUUGGUCUGAUGGAACACAAUUCAAUCCAUCUACUUUUAAAAAUUUCAACGGACAAACCCCGGUCAAUAGACAAGGCGUACAAGACUGUUUCCAUAUAUUUACUGAUGACACAAAUGGAACUUGGCAAAUUGCUUCAAAUUGUGCAAACAAUAACACUUUUAUUUGUGAGAUAUCUCGAGGCUUAACACCAAAGUUACCACCAACACUCGCUCCUACAGGAAAAAGUGGUGGUCAACAAUCGCCAACAACAUCACCUGCUCCAGUAACAUGGAGCACAGACUGCGGACCUUCCUGGGUAAAGAACCCAAAGACUGGAUAUUGUUAUAAAUUCUCCGACAACGCAAUGAACUGGUUCCAGGCACAAUCUGCGUGUCAGGGAGAAGGGGGACAGUUAACUAGCAUCAAUAACUACGACGAGGAGAGAUUUAUUACUGAUUAUUUGUAUGGAUUUACCUCUCCAGCUCUCUGGAUAGGGAUGAACGACCUUAAUUCACAUAAAGGAUACCAUUGGGUAGAUGGUUCAGGUUUCGGGUAUUUCAACUGGGCUCCAGGAGAACCCAAUAAUUUUCUACGUAUUGAAAAAUGUGCCGAGAUCUUUCCACGUGGCCAAAACAGCGGUAAAUGGAAUGAUAAUAAUUGCAAUAGAAAGACUGGGUAUAUUUGUAAGAAAAGGAGUAAAGGAUUCACUACUCCUCCACCAACGAGAACGCCGUCUGCUCCAGCUGGUAAGUUAUAUGGAUGUCCGAGUAACAUGUGGAUACCAUACAAAAGCAACUGUUAUUACUUCUCGAAGACACCCACUAACUGGCUUAAUGCAAGGAAGUAUUGCCAAGGACAUAACUCGGAACUAGCUAGUAUACAAAACGAGGAUGAGCAGAAUUUUGUAUUCAGCCAGUUACCAAUGACACCAGUAGCUUUGAAUCAACUUUUUAUCGGGUUGAAUGACCUUGACCUACAGAUGAAGUUUCAGUGGACCGAUGGAACGGCUGUGUCGUAUACUAAUUGGGCAGUGAACGAGCCUAAUAAUUGGCAGAAUAGACCCGAAGACUGUGUCGCGAUGUAUCAAAAGGAUGGAACGUGGAAUGAUGCUCCGUGUGAAACACCGAAACAAGGUUUCGUAUGCAAGACUCAUAAGGCUAUGUUUCCACGAAACACACCUCAAUACAACAUCAAUCAAAAUUGCCCAGUUGGUAAAUUAGCAUUUGGAUACCGUUGUUACCGACUGAUGGCGGCAAUGUCAACAUGGCAGGCUGCUGGGUCAAAUUGUAAAGCACGUGGUGGUCAUUUAGCUAUUAUCACAGACAGGUAUCAGCAAGCAUUUUUGGCAUCCCAGCUAGCAGGAAAAUCGGGUUUCUAUUGGAUAGGAUUAUCUCAUAGUGGUACCAAUAGUAGUUUCCAAUGGGUGACAGGGGAUAGUCUAACUUACACUCCCUGGUCUUCAAACCAUACAGGCAACAACAACAAUUCUUGUAUUGUAAUGAAGACAAGUGGACCUGGCGUUGGUCUAUGGUUAGAUAUGCCGUGUACAUCACAAUAUAAAUAUAUUUGUGAGACACAGAGGUCUGGGUUUAGUACGGCACUUAUCCCUACAACAACAACAACGACUCCCCCUGUUUGCCCCAAAUACUGGAACGGCUAUAAAGGCUACUGUUAUAAGGUUUUCAAUGCUAACGAAGACAAGAAAUCGUAUUUUGAUGCCAAGGCCACGUGCCGGGCAUUAGGAGCAGAUCUUGUAAGCUUACAUUCGUCAGGGGAGCAAUCAUUCGUUUUCUCGUAUAGAUAUACUGGCUAUUACACUUCUAAAACGUAUUGGAUCGGCCUUAACGACUUUGACACGGAAAAGGGAUAUAAAUGGUCGGAUGGCUCAGCUGUGAACUUCACUAGUUGGGGUAGAGGUGAACCAAACGACGCCGACGGCUCGGAUGAUUGUGUAGAGUAUAACUCGGGAUUAAGAAAAUGGAACGAUAACUCGUGCUAUCUCGCCAAGAAUUUCGCGUGCAAGAUUAAGCUAGGAGUUCAGUUAAAGACGACACUAGCGACACGUCCGCCUACAAAUCCACCCCAAUGUGGUUCUUUGCCUGGCUGGAAAUUGUUCAAUGGAUCAUGUUAUUAUGUGAACACACCGAGUGAUGGACCAAACUCAAGACUGUCUUGGUUCGAUGCUCGUGAUUAUUGUAUACAACAAGGUGGUGAAUUAGUCAGUAUACACUCCCUACAAGAAAAUGGAUUUCUUUCAACUAUAAUUACACAGACUGUAAAAAGUGACUGUUGGAUCGGAUUUACUGAUAAUGGAGUAAAUCAAUUUGGAUGGACAGAUGGCAGCCCUUCGGAUUUCACACACUGGAAUGGUGGAGAGCCGAAUGAUGCAUUCGGAGCUGAAAAAUGUGCUCAAAUUAGAGCUUCAAAUUCGUACUGGAAUGACAAUGAUUGUAACGAGAAGUAUCAUUUCAUCUGUAAACGCCCAACAGGAAAUGUUAAACCUACCAAUCCAGCGCCGACCACGCCCAUAGCUGGAGGAUGUCCGACUGGUUUUACUCCUGUUCCACAUGGAAAUAAAUGUUACAAACUGAUUGGUGCUCGACAAACAGCUGACAGAAGAAACUAUACUUCAGCUAGAGAUACAUGCAGGCUGUAUGGUGCCGGGUACGAUAUUGCAAGUGUUACAAACCACUUAGAGCAAGCAUCUUUGAUCGUCUUGGUAAAUGGAAUGAUAAUAGACCAGGCUGGGGUAUGGAUUGGAAUGAAUGAUUUGAACAAUAAUCAACGGUUUACCUGGCAAGAUAGUUCCAGACUUCAGUUCACAAAUUGGGAUAAAAACCAGCCACAACGAGGAGGGAAGUGUGUUGAGAUGUAUACAGAUAUGAGGCAUGCUGGGAAAUGGCAUAACAUAGAUUGUGGGGAUAAUAGACCUUUUAUAUGUGAAAUUGCUGAAAGUAAAUCUUGGAAGUAUAUUCCACCAGCAUGUACAACCGGAAACUUACCUGGUUAUACUGAUAACAAUAUGGACUGCUACAAGCUUGACACUGUGUAUAGAACCUGGCAAGAUGCAAUGGAUAACUGUCAAAAGGACGGAACAUCACUGGUAUCUGUUGUAACAAUAUACGAACAGGCGUUCAUUGACACACUGAUAGGUACUUUAUCAACACCUGUAUGGAUAGGCUUGGCAGAUCAGCAGUCUACUGGUACCUAUGUAUGGCAAGAUGGAAACAGUGUGAGAUACACAAGCUGGGACAAAAAUGAACCAACGUACGGUGCAGGAAAAUGUGUUGCGUCACAGAACGGUCUCUGGAAUGACCAAAUGUGCAGUAAUCGGUAUCCAUCAAUCUGCAAGAAACCAAUUUUUCCCCCGAUGACCCAAAAGACACCAAAUCCGGGCGGAUAUUGUCGGGACGUAACAUGGAAACAACACAACAACUUUUGCUACUUUUUAAGCCUGAAUCGAACGCGAUCCUACGCUGAUGCAGAAGGAGAUUGUACAAGUAGGGGAAUGCAGCUAGCUAGCAUAUCGUCAAAAACUGAGGAGAAUGCCAUUCUCACGAUGGUUGAUAAUGACCCAUCAACCUCCAUCAAUAUUUGGAUCGGCUUUAGAAAGAAAGGAGGAUUCUUUUCUUGGUCGGAUGGAUCCGGCGUUGCGUAUGUUAAUUGGCUGAAUGGACCGACUGGUAAUGACUGUGUUAUGAUGAGACAUACGGAUGGGAGGUGGCAGGACUCUGUGUGCACUUCACGAAAAGGCUACAUCUGCAAAGCUCCUAAACUGCCGCCAACAACCGCCCCGCCUACAACAACAACGUUAAGCACUUCCACAACACCAUCGACAACAUCAUCAACGAUACCCUCAACUUCUACAUCGUCAUCAUCAUCCUCACCCACAUCACAAUCACCAGCUAGAGUGCCGCCGUUCACAGCUCCCUCGCUUAAUACAGCAAUAAUUAAGAACCCAACUUCCAGCCCUGGAAAGACGAGCGCGGUAAAUAAGUCAUUCCAACCAAAGUUCUCUAGGCCCGCAGUCACUAUUCCAUCAGUUGCAGAUAAACAGAGGCAAAACCAAAAUCAAUCAAACGGUGAUCUAAGUGCGGGUCAAGUGGUUGGUAUCGUUAUUGGUGUAAUGCUUUUGUUGGCAAUAAUCUGCGCUGUGCUCUUGGUCGUGAAGAGGCGGCAAGGUGGCGAGAUGUUCUCGUUUCAGCGGUUAAAAUCUCUCCGGUUAAGAGGGACUGAUACUGGGUUUGACAAUGCCACAUAUGACAGAAGUAUGGAUAAAGUGAAUAUUAAUGAUUCAAAUGGACAUAUUCAUGAAAAUGGGAAAAAUGGACGGGUUUCAAACGGAAAUAGUGUUGGUUUCAGAGACUUUUCAGAAGACAUGGACUGUUAGCUUAUUAUACAUAGAGUAAACUUCUUCAUUUUCAUUUACUUUAAAUAAUGGCAUUUAUAAGGGAAAAGUGCAAUUAACUGUGCAAUAAUUGUGAUGUGGAAAGCUGUCUAUGUUAAAUAUGCAUUUUGUAUUCCAGUUAUCAUUGUAUUUUAAUUUCACUGUAUGCUUGAUUUAGGUUUUAUACUAUACGCGUUUUCAGUCAUCCGUAAUUGGAAACAUAUGAUAUGAUAAGUUUCUAUGUUAUGUUUAAUGAAAGAUACAUCCUGAGUUUAACUAGCGUUGAAGUUGAGGAGAAUAGUUUGGUUGAAUGUAUUUAUUUAAUUCAUUUUACACGAAACUUUGUGUUUUUCGCAUAGUUAUGCAAUUACUGAAAUUUUCUAUGUUCUGACAUUCACAGGGGAAAUUACAGGGUACGGCAUUAGCAUCUGUUUCACACACAUUAUAUCAUUUUUAAUAUUGUAUAUCGAGGAAUAUAUGUAUGUUUAUUUUAAGACAGGAAGAAAAUAUGCGUUACCUGAUAAUAGAAGCGCUGAAAAUGCAUUAAAGUGUCAUAACGGCAGCAAAACGUAAAGAAAGUUUUAAGAUGACUGCAAUACCUUUCAAAAUAGUAAAUUACUAUAUAAUUACACCAAUUUUAAAAGAGCAGCUUUAUGGCAAAUAAGUAACCUUUUAGAAAAUUUAAAUGUAACAGGACACCAGCAGUAUAGGUGUUUUGUGAAAUAAAAAGUGUCGUGUUUUUUUAACAGAAUGUGUCUUUAUAUGUAACAGUUAAUUCUAAUUAUGCGUAAUAUUCCGUAAUUGUUAGUUUUCAUACAAAUUUUAAGGACAAAUGUUUCGUAAGAAAUGGAAUAUUGUUCUUGUUUCAUAUUUUCAUCAUGCUAUCAUGUUUUAUAUUUAAGUAUAUUUCAGUCACAUUAAACCUCUAGAAUGAAAAAGAUAAACAAGUUGAAAAUAUUUGUAUGUAUUUAUAUCAUCUUUUUUCAUGAAAUUGAUACCUUUUAGUUAACAUUAAAGCUUUAAGUGUAUUUUGUACUGUAUUUUAAAUAAAUUCUAAAACAUU